CUCAAACGCAACCAAUAUUCUCAUUCACUAAUGUAUUACCGGUGCCUUGAUAUAAUUUACCUUAAUUAUAAUGAACGUACACACUUAUUGGGUUAAUGACCGACUUUAAACCCAGGAGAAAUUACAGAGAUAUCGGUCAAAGAAUACAUCUAGCGUGGUACAAUAGUUGUUAAAAGAGUGGUAAGAACAAUGGGUGCAUAUGGAGAGUGAGUCUGAAUGCAAAUCAGAGACACAAGAAAGUAAAUUGAGGAUUGCUACAAGCGGCAGCUCACGCUUUCAUUUCAUUAGAUAAUGUUAAUCGCUGGAAUUGUUCAAAACGUCUCUGUAGAAGUACCAGAAUGGCGACACUCGAGAAGCCUGGUGAAUCCCCUCUUUACAUGCACCGAGCUGAGUUGUGUCGAGUGCUUCAAGAGGUAUAUGGAUAAGAUGAUGGCCAAACUCCUGGUGAUAUAGGUCUGUAGCCG